AUGAAAUCCAGGAAAUCAAAAGAAAUGUAUGUAGCUGAUUCUAAACACUAUUGAGAGCACAGAGUACAUCGUGAAAGGACAGUUUGAGGCACCCUCAACAGCUUAGACCUGACCUAUGCAAGUUUCAGAGCUAAAGAAUGCUCCUUUAAAGAAAGAUCCCACAAAGCCUUACCUAUUUCACAAAAUAAGGUAGUAAAGAAGGUUAUUAAGGAAAAGUCAGAGAUUCACCUAAAUAUGUUCAAUACAACUCCUAAUGACAAGCAAGACUUUGUCAGAGUGUUAGAUGAGGAUAGAAAUAAGGCUGACAGCGAGUUGGUAUCGAAGAAGGUUGAGAGAGUCUUAGCUGAGUAUGUGACUCUAAAUAGCAGACUAUCAUCAAGUGAAUUGCUCUCGAAUAAACUUGUGAGGCUUAGAAGAUAUGGAUUUAACAAUCACAAAACUGUUAAGAAUUCUAUAAAGAAGAAAAACAAGCAUGAAAUAGAAGCAUCACUUUGAACUUCUGCCGACAGUGAUGAAGAUGAAUCAAACUGAGAUGUCAAUAUAGAAACAAGUAAUUCUCCAAAUAAGUGAUACUAUAACAACAGAUCCCUUCUUAAUAAACUAAUUAGUACUAAAUAAC